ACAUUUCGUACUGAAAAAAUCAGAAUUUAUUUUUACUGUUACGCCAAAAAUUUUUUUCGUAAUACAAUCGAAGUCUAUAAAAAAAAAUUCUCACAGUAAAAAAAAAAAUCAUCUCUCCCACUUUUCUUCUUGGACUGUUUACUUUCAGAAAAAAAAAUAAAUUUUACUUUAAAAACUGUCAAUUUUUUUUUACUAUGACAUCAACCUUAACUGUUAUUGGACUUGUUGCUCACGUAAAAUCAUCUGAAAGAACUGUUCAUGGUGAGGCUAUGUAUAGGGAAAAAAUUACUGGACAAAAUCAUCGCUUCCUUUUCAAACAAUUUGUUAAUGCACGACAUGAAUAUAACGAAGCGUUCAGGGAGGGAGAUUUGGUAUUAUUUGGAGGAAAAUUUACUAUCGAUGAGCAAAAAUUAAUGCUUGUUGUUGAAAUGGCUUGUGUGAUGGAGCCAAAAAUGGGGCCAAAUGGUGAACAUCUGAAGUGGGACCCAACACAGAUCCCGUCAACCAAACCAUUCAUUAACAUCUCAACAUCUGCAGAAGAACCCCUAACUACCUACGAAAAUAUGAAUUUUGUAAAAACGCGUUCAUUGGUUUACUCUCCAUUCCAUUCAUCAGCUCGUAAUAUUAAUUUUGAGUUAGGGUAUUCGAAGGACGCAAAAUGGCUUGAGUCUAUUAACGACAAGUGGAGUGAUUACGCAAACUUUUUUGUUGGAGGAUUCCUUGAAGCUAUUUACACAGCAAACAGCAAAACAUAUGCUCAAGUUGAUGCCAAAAUGAUUGACUAUGAUGCAAGGUUCCGUCAUCCAAAUUACCAAUUUCCUAUAUCGUCCCCAAAGAAAUCAGCUAAUGCAUUUGCGAUGAGAAGAAAUGAAUUGAUUUCAAACCCCAUUUCUAAUCCAAGAACGGACUCAAUAAUUAUAGAUGAUAAUACGCAAGAACUUAAUCCAAACAAAAAAAAAUCGAUUAUUAUCGAUGAUGAUGAUGAAUCAGCCACCCAAUCUGCCGUUGAUAAUGAAGAAUUCAUGUCUAAUAACAAAAAAUUGAAAGGAUCUCAAAGAACUACCUUGUCAAAAAAACGACAGCUAUCAGAUUUAUGUAACGAUCUAGAUGAUGAUCUUAAUCUUAACGAUUCUGAUGAUGACGCUGCUAAUAAUCUUGAUGAUAGUCCAUUCAAACUUGAUGUUAACAAAGUUAGAGGCGGAAAGGGUAGUAGAGGCAGACGAGGUCGAAAAUCUAAUAAAAAAUAAAUCAUAUUAUUGUUACUUUGUGUAAAAGAACAAUAAUAUUAUCAUUACUUCAUGAAAUUUCGCAACUUACGAUAUUAAUAAAAGUUAUCCUAAAAGAAAUAUUAAAUAAAA